AUGGCUGUAGAAUUGGUAGGUGGAGCUAUUCUGUUUGCUGGCCUUGAGGUGGUGUUUAACAGGCUGCUUUCUGCUGGAGUGGUGGACUACCUGAAAGGACAAAGACUCAGUGAUGAGCUGAUCAGCAAUUUGAAGAGAGUAGCAUUAGCUAUUAAUGGAUGGCUGAGUGAGCUUGAAGAUGCCUCCUAUGAUGCAGACGAUCUCUUGGAUAAGAUUGCUACUCAUGCUUUGAAAUCCAAGGUAGAAGGUGCUGGUUCAACAAAGACCAAGACAAGUAAGUUACUCAGCUCCGCCCUUUCCAUUGGAGCUCGCAGAUUAUAUAAUACUAGAGAUAUGAAGAACAAGCUUGAGGAGAUUUUUAAAAGUAAGAAACCAAGACCAAGAUCACAGACGACAUCUUUGGUAGAAGAAUCUGAGGUCUUUGGUAGAGAUGGGGUUAAGAAUGCUAUAAUUAACUUGUUUCUAGUAAAGGAUGAGGGUGGUAAGGAGGUUUAUGUGAUUCCCAUAGUAGGCAUGGGAGGGAUUGGUAAAACCACUCUUGCUAAAUUAGUGUACAACGAUGACAAAGUUAAGAAUCACUUUACGCUCAAAGCAUGGGUUUAUGUUUAUGAAGAGUUUGAUAUUUGUAAGGUAACAAAAUCAAUCCUUACUGCAAUAACUUCAUCAAAUUCUUAUGAUCAUUGGGCCAAUAACCUUGAUUUGCUUCAAAGUAGGUUAAAAGAGGAGCUAGUGGGAAAGAAAUUUUUGAUUAUUUUAGAUGAUGUGUGGACUCAGAAUUACGAUGAUUGGAAGGCAAUGAGUUUACCUUUUAACCAUAGGGCUCAAAGAAGUAAAAUUAUUAUAACAACACGCAAUGAAGGACCUGUAGACAUGACAGUCAAUAUUCCAACUCGAUUUCAGCUUAAGUCCUUGAAUGAGGAAGAUUGCUGGCAAAUGUUUGCAAAGCAUGCAUUUGAUAAUAUUCGAGAUUCUAGUGUACGUCAAAACUUGGAACCAACCGAUAAAGAAAUUGGGAGAAAGUGCCAGGGAUUGCCAUUAGCUAGUAAAACAAAUGGAGGACUCUUGCGCUUUAAAGAAGAUGUUGGGGAAUGGGAAAAAAUAUUAAGGAGUGAGAUUUAG